CUCAUCCCCCCCAUCCUCCCUCCACGAUCAAGAACGCGUCUCUCGGUCGUGCUUCCACUCUUUCCUUACGACCCACUCCCGUCUUCGGACAGCUCUCCUCGCUCCCGGGAAUCCUUCUCAACCUUAUAAUCAUCUUCUCUCGUUUGCCUUGCGCCGCGUCAUGAAUUUCAUAACAUCACUAGCCACAGACCUGGUAAAGGUGAUCGAUGUCCAGAUCCCUUCGGUCGAUCGGCCAUUCGGAGUGCACCUCUGGCCGAUAUUCGAUGUCUUCUACAAGCGUGCCACCGGCGAGGGUGCAACCGAUUUCAGAUUCGAAUACGGCACAACACCAUUAGGCACCUUCCAGACUGCUGGAUCGUUGAUCAUCGCGUACUACGCGAUCAUCUUCGGUGGCCGGGCGAUCAUGAAGAACUUCCAGCCGUUCAAGCUGCAGUUUCUCUUCCAGGUCCACAACCUGCUGUUGACGCUGAUCUCGGGGAUCCUUUUGGUGCUGUUCAUGGAGGAACUGAUUCCCACUGUCUACCACAAUGGUAUCUUCUUCGCAAUUUGUGCCCGUGAUGGCGGUUGGACAAAGCCUCUCGUCACACUGUACUAUUUGAACUACCUUACCAAGUAUGUUGAGCUUUUGGAUACCGUCUUCUUGGUUGUCAAGAAGAAGCCACUCACCUUCCUGCACUGUUACCAUCACGGCGCGACUGCCCUGCUCUGCUACACCCAGCUCAUCGGCUCCACCUCCGUGUCUUGGGUUCCUAUCUCGCUCAACCUUUUCGUUCACGUUGUCAUGUACUGGUACUACUUCCAGUCUGCUCGUGGUGUCCGUGUCUGGUGGAAGCAGUGGAUCACCCGUCUCCAGAUCACCCAGUUCGUCAUUGAUCUUGGCUUUGUUUACUUCGCCUCGUACACCUACUUCACCUCCACCUACUGGCCGUGGAUCCCCAAUGCGGGCCGUUGUGCUGGUGAGGAGUUCGCCGCGUUCUCCGGUUGCGGUAUCCUGAGCAGCUACCUCGUCCUGUUCCUCAGCUUCUACGCGAGUACCUACAAACGUGCCGGCAAGCGCGCCGCUACCAAGGCCGUGCAGAACGGUGAAAUCGCGCCCAGCCCCAUCUUCUCCCAGGACGUCGUAAACAGCGUCCGGACCAACGGCAAUGGCGUGGCCGUCAAUGGCAGCGCAAAGAAGCAGAGCACCGUCCGAAGCCGCAAAGCAUAAUUGAGACACAUCAUGCUUUCUAGCAACAGCAGUAGUACGAGAGAGAGGGAGAGGGGGCGAAGAAGUCUGGAUAAAAUAUACAUCGGAGGCGGGAUGAGGAUGCUUGCGGGUUACGUCUUUACUGUGGACAUGAAGAGAUGCGGUGCAAUGACGGCGCGUGGUCGAUUAGGGUAAUCUCCAGGGGCUUAAGGCAAGGCAAGGCGUCUUCCGCGUGUUUGGAUUCAUUCUUCUCUUCAAAUUCACAGUAGGGUGGGAUAUCGUUCUUU